AUGUCCAGCCCACCCAAAGAAGAGGCUGGGCUGAACACGUCUCCCAAGAACAAUAGCCUUGAGAACAUUUCACCCAAAAUUGAAUCAAUCUUCGAGACCGAUCAGAAGGCAGAAGCCCCAAAGCUACUGAAACAGGAGCAGAAAGUUCCCAACCGAGUGACACUUCCAAACCAAGGACGACUGAAGCGUCAUAGAAGCACGCAGGUCUCGGAGGCAUCUCCACAAUCCAAGAGGGCAAAAGGACUUGGAACACCCUUGACUGAUGCCGCUCUCCAAGAUCCCGAUAAAGAGCUGGCAUUAAUCAUCGAAGAGGAAUUCCGACUUGUCAAGGCACUCCGACUCGAGGCUGAACGAGAACAUCUUGUCAAGCUUGCCAGAGCUCAAGCCUUGCGCGAAUCAAAACAAGAAGAUAUAAAAAAGCACACGGAACAUCCCCAGGAAACAAAGAUACAGGAGCCGACUGUGGAAAUCAAGGAAAACGUCCCAGAGGGGAAUCUGACAGAUGAUGCGGUGCCCCCAGAAACCGACGAUAUCCUCGACCUCACAUCUACAAUCGCCGACAUUCGAAAUGUUUAG